UCCCUAUAUAGCCCCGUCCACCCUCUCGCGGCCGCUCACGGAUGUUUCAUCCCCUCCCCGUGUGCGCCGUCCCGGCCAGCCUGACCAGCCAUGGCAGAUAACCCAGAGGUCUCCCAGCUCAUCCCGAUCAACCUUGCCACCGUUUGCAUCGAGAGCUUCCUCUACGGCAUCUUCUUCGUCCUCUAUGCCUCCUCCACCUACCUCCUCGUCCGCCAGGGGAGAGCAAAAGCGGCGGCGGAGCACGGCAGCGCCAACUCGGUCUACAGGGCACCCAUGUUCAUCGCGGCACAAAUCGUCUUCCUCACAGUGACUGGUCACUGGGUACUCACCGUCUAUCGGCUCUUCCAAGCCUUUGUCAACUUCCGCGGCGGAACCGCACCGCUGCUCUACUAUGCCAACAUCGCACUCGCCACCGAAGUCGCUAAAUCCGCUCUUUUGGUCGCAACUGUUCUUGUAUCCGAUGCAAUGAUCAUAUACCGUCUAUAUAUCAUCUGGGGCUACAACAAGGCGAUCGUUGUCCUCCCAAUCCUCACCUGGUUCGGCUUGAUCGCCGUCGGUGCGGGCGUCUGCUGGCGCUUCUCCCAAUACAAGAUCGGCGACAAUGUCUACGACGGUCCGAUCGGACGCUGGGUGACUGCCGACUGUUUCUUCACCCUUGCCACGAACGUGUACUGUACCGUCUGCAUCUCCUACCGCGUCUUCCGCACACGCUUCCGCUCCCGGAAGCACCCCUCGCUCGCCUCGCCGAACCUCCUCUCCGCGCUCGCGAUCCUCGUCGAGUCCGCCGCGCUGCACACCGCGUGGAACGCGCUCUUCCUCGGCGCCUUCCAGCGCGCGUCCACCCUCCAGUUCACCGCGAUCGACGUCUGGUCGCCCGUCGCCGGCACCGCGUUCAUGCUCAUCAACCUCCGCGUCGCCCUCGGCUGGGCACAGCGCGCGCACCCCACCGCCGCCUCCUCCUUCGUCGCGGGCACCGCGUCCACCCUCGCGCGCCCCCUCAGCGACGCAGGGAACACGAACAUGAACUGGAACUGGAACUCGAAGCGCGCCUCGUACCCGUACGGCGCCCCCGCGCCCGUGCAGCCCCCGCCCGGCGCGCACAGCCCGCGCGCGUACCGCAGCGAGUGGGGCCAGACGCGCGCGCCCGACUCGCAGCGCGUGUCGCGUGGCGCGGGCUACGGCGCGGACCCGUGGCAGGACCAGCCGUGGGUCGUCCAGGCGCCGCACCCGUACGCCGCCGCCGCGGGGAACGCGCGCGCAGCUGUGCGCGUCCCGCUCGCGGUGAAUGUGACGAGGGUCGUGGACCGCGUGGAUGAUCGGGGCUCGUCGCUCGAGGAGAAGUCGGGCUGGGCCGCGGGCGAGGCGGUGUAGGUAGAAGGGGUGUGGUGAGUUAUAUUGUUGUAGAGUACUUUGUCGUGGGUCCGGGUGUGGAGCCUAGCCGGUAGACGUUGAAUUGUUGUGAUACUACUUAGUCGGGGUGUGCGCUGCCCGAAGAUACAAAUGGAUUGGAAUGCAUACAUGCACGGCGCCAUGAUACUGUAUCGGUGUCCGCAGGCUGAGUUUGCGGAACUGAAACAAUCAUCGUGAGUCUCAAAGCCUAUGAACUAUCAACGCCUGAAAGCCAAGUUCACAGCGUCGCCGCAGGAGACAGGACCUGCUGGAGCUCCUGCUGGACCCCGUCUGCUUCCAGGCGAUCUUCCAUUGGCUCAACCGAGACAAGCAAGUACUACUGCUUAGCUUUCUUCAUGAAAUUGGAGUACUAGGAGUA